UUCAAACUGGUUGGUUGUGUUUUUGGCUUCUCUCUGCGUGUGCCGUUCGUAGGUGGAAAAAAGAAAACAGAAAAACAGCAAGGCCCGAAAAGCAAGAAGGCCGAAAAUUAUUUAUCCUGCGUGUAAACCAAUCGGAAAUUUUGGCAGCCAAGUCUCGCGUUUUCCUCCUUUUCCUUUCUGUUUGCCGGCGAAAAGCAAAGCGGCAAAGGAGAGGCGACAAAAACAAACGUAAAAGCGAAGCAAAAUGUGAAAAAUUGCCGAACAUGGCGCCGCGAGUGUGAACGAGAGAGGGACAGUGAGACAGAGCGAAGAUAAACAAUAGAAACAAUUUUUGAUACUUAACGUUCUACAACAACAAUAAACUCAGCUCAGGUACAACAGCAACAACAAAAAAUUACGAAGAAAAACAGACUGCAUAAACGGGAAUCUUUUCGAAAUAUUUUUGAUACACACAGCAAGAGGUGUACGAGUUUUAAAAAAGCAAUAAAAUCGAAAGCAAUGACAAAAAACGCACUCGGAAAAUCAAGCAAUUUAACAACAAUCUAAAGCAGAAAAACUAAAUGUUUACAGACUAAACCACACAAAAAAUCAGCAUUUAUUAUACAAUUUAUUAAUCAAGUUAUACAAAAAGUUUAGAACUCCAAAGCAAAACAGACUUUUGUCUGUAAAACCCAAAAAGUUCGCAAAAACCACAACAAAUAUCGGGCAGCCACCGAAUCGACAGAUCAGUUGAAAAUAAAAUAUUCCGAAAUCGGUUCAAAAAUAAAACACUGGAAGCAUUCAAUAAAUAUACAUCGCAGGCAUUUAUAGGCCACAAAUCACAGCAUAAAUUCGCGAAAAAACCAACAAGCAAUAAUUUCAAAUUCAUUUUCUGGGCAAAAUGCUGAUCCGAAAUAGAGAUUGAAGAUUUUCGGAGGAUAGCGAAACCGGGAUUCCUUAGCCGCAAAGAGUGCAUUCUCAGAAGAAACAUACAAAUUUAUGGCUCCGCGUCGCAACAGCAACAUCAGCAGCAGCGGCAACAGCACCACGCAGCAGCAGCAGCAACACCAGCAACAGUUGCAGCAGCAACACCAGUCGCAGCAGCAGCAACUGCUGCAAUUCUACGCGGAGAGCGCGAAUUCUCCAGCAGUUCUGAUGGCGCCCAUGCAGGGAACCGGGGGCGUUGGCGGGGGCGUGGUCCGCUGCUGUCUCCCCAGCGGAGACUGCCGCAAGCUGGACGCCCUCAUCCCGCUGAACGAGGUGUCCUUGGCGGACUGCGUCCGAGUGCUGUGCAACAACGAGAACUGCACGGCGGGCCAGUACAUGCACCGCGAGUGCUUCGAGAUGUGGGAGGCGGGCGUGCUGCAGACCCUCAAGGCCAACGGGAGGGCUCGCUCCUGGUCGGAGCGGCAGCGGCUCCAGCACCUGUGGACCAAGAAGGGCUACGAGCUGGUGCACAAGGCCUGCAGCUGCAAGUGCGGCAGGGGACAGCUGCGCAAGGACCUCGAGUGGGUGGCCCCCAGCUCCCAGGGAGUGAUAUACCUCAGCGGAUCCGGCAACCGGGGCAACGUCAACGGAAACCUCAGCGAGGACGACGAUAAGAAGAAGGGCAAGAAGAAGAGGAACCGCAACAACAACAACAGCAGCAACAACAACGGAGGCAACGGCAGCUCCAAAACCCCAUUGAGCAACAACAACGGCAACAGCUUCGGGGGCCUGACCCCCAACCCGAAUGUGGGGGUCAUCGGCUCGGGAUUGCCGCACAACAACGGGAACGCCAGCGGCGGCAACACCAGCAACGGAGCCUCCGACCUGCUGCAGCCCAGUGCGGUGGCCACCCUGAGCAACAUCCUCAACCCGAACAAUGUCCUGGGCCUGGACCUGCGGGCCAGAGCGGGCAGCCUCUCCUCCAGCGGAGCAGGCAGUGGCUCCACCUCGCCCUCGGCCUCGCAGUCCAGCGGCGAGAUAUCGGUGUCGCCCGUGCAGCAGUUGCUGCAGCAGCAGCAGCAACAGUCGCUGCUGAUGCAGCCGCUGGGUCCCGCCUUCGGCAGCAACCUCCUGCAGAACGGACUGGGCCUGUCCAAGAACCUCCUAAUCGCUCCCCAGCAACAGCAGCCGCAGCCGCAGAACCUGCCAGCCCUGGCCAACAUCAGCAACUUCAAGCCUUUGGCCAGCUACGAGCAGCAGCAACUCGUGCAGCAGCAGAAGAACAAGGAGGUCGAACUCUAUUCCGAGCGAGUCCGCUCCACAUCUGGUUGCAAUGGGAUCUUUUCGCGUCGCCUGGACUUCUCGUCGUUCAAUUUGCUGCCGAAGACUCGUUUGAAUUCUUAUCAAGUCAAGAUUGAGGACGAGGGCAACCACGGCAACGAUGAGACGCGCCUCUUCAUCCUCUCCUCGCUGGCCCAAUCCCAAAUGAGCCGGGUGGCCUGCAUUUUGUGCGAGGAGCCGCUGCUCGUCUUCGAUCGCUAUCCACUGGUCGACGGAUCCUUCUUCUUGAGUCCCAAGCAGCAUUCCAGUGGCUGCAUUGAGGUUAAAUACGAGGGACGCACUCUCUACUUGACCUGUGUUUGCAUGAGCUGCCUGGACGGAACCUCCAGCAGCCGCGUCAUCAACUGCAGAUUCUGCAAGGAACCCUGGGACGGAUCGAGCCUGGUCCUGGGCACCAUGUACGCGUACGACAUCUUUGCGGCCAUGCCCUGCUGCUCCGAGAGGUUCAAGUGCAAUAACUGCUUCAAGAUGCUGAUGCACCCGCAGCAGAGGCUGAGCUUCUACAGCGACUACUCGCACGGGGUGACCUGCCCGUACUGCAACACGCAGGACACGCACUUCGUGAAGCCGCUGAGCUUCUGCUACGCCAAGAGCCCGGCGGCGCGGCUGCCGACGCUCGCAUAACAUGAGGCCCCGUUGGAGUCGCCCGUGGGAACAGGUGCCACCGCCACCCAGGUGCCGAAUGCCCAGGGCGCUCCAACGGCCUCCGGCUGCAGCUCCAUCAUCUCCAUCAAGCAGCCAGCGAAGCAGCCGCUCUUCAACGCCGCCAUCGACUACUCGGCCCCGCUGCAGCAGCAGAUCAACCCGGACCUGAUCGGAGCCCAUCCCCAUGCCCAGCAGCACCAGCAGCAGGUGCGCCAGCAGCAGCAGCAACCGCAACAGCAGCAGCAGCAGCAACAACAGCAGCAACAGCAACAGCAGCAGCAACAGCAACAUCAGCCUGCGGUUGCCACUUUCCAGAGGGCCAACUUCCAGCAGCAGUCGCAGAAGAGCAUGAACAUGAUGGCCAUGGCAGAUGUGAUGAGCAAGUACCAACAGCAGCAGCAGCAACAACAGCAGCAGCAGCCACAACAGCAACAACAACAGCGCCAGCAGCAACAUGCAACACAGAAGGGACUCGAGGGCCUUCUGCUGACGAACACAAACACAAACAGCGGCAACAGCAGCAGCAGCAGUAUUAGUAACUUAAUAAUUAGCCAUAAUUCAGCCAGCAAUCCGGGCAGCAAGGUGCAGCCCAACUGGGGCCAGAGCGACGCCAUCUCGGCGCUGUGGGGCUGCAGCAGCAGCAGCAGCGGCUGCUCCUCGGGCAGCGGAUCGCAGCCCUCGCUGAGUCCCACGGCCAGCAGCCACGGCAACGACGGCUCCAAGAUGAUGUUGUGGGCGGCCCAGGGAUCGCCGCAGGCCCCCAGUGCUGCCACACUCAGGGAUGGAUUCAAGGAGUUGCAACAGCAGCAGCAGCAGCAGGUGCAGCAGCCACUGCCACACGCAGCCUCGCCGACGGCCUCGCUGACCAGUUCCAGCUCCUCCUCGAACGGGUGGAGCGCCUCGCACUACGGCAAGCCGAACAUUUGGGAGCUGCCGGGAUCCGCCGGACAAAGGACUCCGGCAGCCGGCGGCAGCCACGACAUCUUCACCGAUCUCCUGUGCAACCUGAGCAUUAGCCAGGACACCGGCGGCCAGCAGGCCAAGCAGGCCGAUGCCUCGGACGUCAGCUCGAACUCCUCCUCGUCGGCCGGGGAGCUCCUGGAGGCGGCCAACAUCUGGCGGUUCCCGGAGUACGCCAGCCAGCUCUACAACGAGGAGCCCACCGGCGGCGCAGCUGCGUGCAUGCAGCUCUUCAACGACUAUCUCAACAUGAACUAGGACGGAGGAUUAGGAGCCUGCAGCAUUUGUUACUCUAGAUAAAUUACAGAAAAAACAAGAUACGAUAAAAGAGUAAGCAGGAGGAGGAGAAGCAUUGAGAUCCAAGCGAAUCUUGGAGCGAAAGUUUUAGUUUUUAUACGAUCAUUUGAUUUUUAUACAAUCACAACACACACACACAUCUAAAACCGAGAGAAAACACUGCAAACUAAAAACAAUUUUCUUGUUAUUUUUGUUGAGUUUUUUAGUUCUUGUUUACACACCUACCUAAACGAAAAAAGCAAUUUUUAGUUUUAUUUUAUAAAGCAAAUUUUUUAUACAUUUUACCAAAAAAAAAAAACAAAGCGAAAUGUAAAACCAAAAAAAAAAAGGGAAAACGAGAAAAGAUGCAAACGUAGAAGAGGAGUGACAAAAAGUAACAUUUACAUCACGAUUGAGGAACAUUUUAUUUAGCGAAAAUUGAAGGCAGGGCAUUAAAUUGUUUAAACAAAUCAUGAUAAUUGCUGUGCUGCUCAAUAACACAAAAAGGACGAAGCAAAAGGGAGUAGAAGGAGUAGAGUAGGAGAGCAAAGAAGGAAGAGAAGGGGAGAACAUGAAACAUUUGCUACAAUUUAUGAAACGUAAAAUUACAAACCUAAAUUUAACAAAACAUAUUCGAUAAGUUGCACAUCUUUACCUAAGCGAUUGGUAAUUAUUCCUAGUUUUAGUGAGCGGAACCAGAACCUCUAGAACCGAUUAAGUUUCUCUCUCCAGUUCAGCACAGUUCAGUUAGGUCCUCAAGGUAAUUCAACCCCUGUCAAGCCACCCACCACCCACCCACUUACACACACAAACAACAGCCAGGCGGCACAUGCAACGAGGUCACCCUUCCCCUUCAGGAGUAUUUCAAGCAGCCCACCCCCGCCCACGCCCCCAAACUCUAUUAGUUAAGUCCUCGAAAACAAGAGAAUAUAAUACAACUUCUUUCGGCGCAGCGUGAUCAUUAAUUAUUAAGUGUAAGUGUUAGGCUAUAGCGAUAUUCUUUGUAUAUGUUUAGGGUUCUUCUGUUCGUCUUGAAAGCAGAGCAGCCCAUGGAUGGUAAUGGAUCUCUAAAGGUGGAGUGACCUGCGGCCUGGUGAAUCGAGGUCACAUGCAGGCACUCACUAUCGAUAGGUUAGUAGGCUUAAGGUCGGUUUUUCUAAAUUUUAAAUACGGUUUGCAAGCAAACAUCCAAACAAUUUAUAGAGCGGUUCAAUGUUUCCUGUUUUGUGUUUAUUCCGUGCAUAGAAAAGUCACCAAAUCCCUGGGGAUAAAUCCCUAUCCUGUUUCCCAAAUCCUUCUCUUAACCCCUUUGAAAUGUGAACAUUUUAAUAAAAUUAAAAUUGAAACCAAACCAACUUCUGCGUAGAAAGUGUUUGGGCAGCCUAAACCCUAAAAUAUAUUCUGUGUUAGAUUCUGAAAAUCUUUUUCUGCUUUGUGACAUUUUUAAUUCAAUUGAAAGCAAAACCCAACUUGAUAUUUUUCCUAUCUGUGAAAGUUUUAAUAAAAUUGAAAGUAAAACCCCUUUGAUAUUACAAACAUCUGUGAAAACAGUUUAGGCAACCUGAACCCUAAAAACAAUCAGCAAAACUCACCGAUUCUGUGUUAGAUUUUUCAUUUAUGUUGUUUUAUUUCCCGGUUUUAAAUUCUGUGAAGUUUUUAAUGAAAUUAAAAGUAAAAACCCCUUGAUAUUACCCACAUCUGUGAAAAGACGUUUAGGCAAGCUAAACCUUGAACAAGAUCAGUCGAAACUGUGUUACCUUUCGCCUCUUCGGUUCUCUUCGUUUCGGAUUUUGAAAUUCUGUGUGAAAUUUAAAUACAAUUUAAAGAAAAACCCCAUUGAUAUGUCACCCAACUGUGAGAAUUGUUUAGGCACCCUGAACCCUAAAAUCGAUCAGCAUGAACUGUGUUAUGUAACCCCUUUCCCUGAUUUCCCCGUGUUCGAUACGAACCCUAAAACUUAGACCCAGUAAGUUUCGUCAAAUCAUCUGUGAGCAGAGUGCCGGGUCUUCUCCGAAGUGUUUUCCCAUUGGAGAAACUAGAUACAAGUGAGAAGGCUCGGCACUUUUUUAAACCUUCACUGUGACUCUUCGAAAGAAUCGAAAUUUUUAUAAAAAAUUCUAAACUUCCUAUUGUGCAUAGGCCACGCCCCAAAAAAAACCCUUGUGAAACCCAGUUGAAAACAAACAUUUUCAGAAAAUGUAUAAACCCAAACCCCAAACCAAAAUUGCCUCCACUAAGACAGCCAAACUGUGACAACUCCGAUUUGCUCAUCCCCUGUGAACAUCGAAAAUGUAUUUGUAUCACUGUGAAUUGUCCUUCGGAAGGAAUAAUUUUUGAGAAAAAUUUAAAACCCCAACCCGAAAGCAAUUGUGAAUGCCUCUAGGAUAAGAAAGUUUUCCCUUUCGUUUUUCGGUUAUUUUAAAAGUUUUCAGUACAGUGAUAUAUACGUUUCUGUGUUUCAAUCAAGGCAUUGCCUGGAAUUUUUUCGAAAAGAAUUCCAAAAACCAUCCUCGAAUAUCUGUGAAAACCCAAUCCCCAUCCCCUUAUCCCACUUUGGUGACUUUUGGUGGGGGAUCUGCUUGAAAUACAACACCCCAGGGCUUAGGAAUGGGAUCUUCAGGAGUUUCAUGUGCCGCACUUUUUCCAGUAAUACAAAUUGAUCGCCUCCUUUUGGGCAUUUAGCAUUGCCGCCAUUUUACAUACCAAAUAAUACACGUUAAUUUAACGACAAUUUUUCAGAACGCAUGAAGGGACAACUGAGUGAUAGUAAAUCUUUUUUUUGUAUACAAGACCUACAGUAACGAGGAGUCUUCGUUAUGCCUACUUAUAUAGAACUACCGUUAAGUUUAUAAGUACAUACCCAAAUACCCUUUAAAGCUACACCAUACUAACCUAAACCUUAAACCUAAACCUAAAACCUAAAACCUUAAACCUAAACCUAAAUUGAUAGGAACUAACGACGAGCAACACUUUUGGCAUUUACUUGAGAGGAUUAUAUAUAAGUUUUGGCACAGUUAUAUAUAAUUUUCGUCUAAAUUUAAGGUUUUAAUCUAACAUACACGUACGCGCAGGAGAAGGAGAGGAAGAGAAUUAUUUAUAGGCAACCCACAACACACAAACAUGACACACGACACACAGAUACAGCAUAUAGUUAUAUAGAUAUUUAAUUGGAGUAACCCUUAGCCCUACACUACACUACAAAAAACAUAUUGGUAAUAAGUUCUACGCAAGCUAAGGUUGCCCCCGAAAGGCAGCAGCACCCGCACCACCAACUACUACGUAAGUCAGCCCGUGUUUAGUUUGAUUCCACGUUUGUUUUAGUUAAAUGUGCUAGGACGAAGCCUCGAUCGCGUCCAGUCGAGAGAAACCACAAACUUAUGCCCACCUCAGCCACCAGGAAGAGAAGGAGAAAUCGUAUCGAAUCGAUUUGAAUCGAACGGAACAGAACAGAACAGAACCGCAAACAUAUAGCCCCUAAACAGUAAUAGUCAGACUUCCGAUCACAACUAACUCUAAUGAGUCGUACUCUAGGGUACGACGAAUGAAUAACUUAGUAGAAGUCUUUAAGUAAUGAGGAAGAUACGGCGAUUGAGCGAGAGUAAAACACAUUAAAAUGUAAUUUAUAUUACCUCCUUAGCAAAAAUCAAUAACAAAUAACGAUAACGAAUAACAAUGUUUUCUAAAUGCAUAUUAAACUAUGGUAAAUCAAGGCAAAGUAAAACAAAAUAUGUACGUUUAAAUCGAGUAAUCAAUUGAUAAACAAUGAAAAGCAGUUUUUGUUUAGUUCAUAAUUUGUACUCAAUAAAAACCUUUAUUUUAUGUUAAACGAAUGAAAUAUUUGCGCGCCUUUCCACCCCUUUUCAAUCUUUUGACGAUCUUCAGUCACUGGAUAAUGCCAAAAUCCGUGUAGAACCCAGAAAAGAAGACGAAGAAGCAGAAGCAGCAGCAAAAUGUUUAAACUUUAACCGAAAUUCUUAAAAACCAAUUUUUGAUGGCUCCCUCCGAGCUCUCUCAGAUCAUCUGAUGACGAAAUGUACAAAUUGGUGAAGUUUAGGCACUUUCAACCGCGAUCCUCCGAUUUCCAAAAUCCAAGGCAAUAUACUAUAUAUCGAAGCGCAGCAGAUAUUUCCCACAAAACUCACCCCGAACCCCACUUUAAUCCCCCUCCCAUCCACCAAAUUUAUAGAUUGAUUUUAUUGCUACCCGAACGUCAUUUUUGUUUAUUUAAAUAUACACACUUAGCACACUUUUGUUUAUGCCUAAUUCGUAAUGUGUAAUAUAUGUAUACUUUGUACCUUUUUAUGUUAUACACGAAUCCCUUAACCCCGAGAUCCCCCAAAGGAAUCCAUCCCUCGCCCAGUGUUGUAUUGCCCCUCCCCACUUCGCUCCUCCUCUCCUACACAUUUUGGCAAUUCAACUUGAAUGUCUACUUUUAAUGUAAUUUAGUUGAAUAUUUUAGUUGAUUUUUAUUAUUAUUAUUCGUACUCCGUAUGGAAAACUAAAUAAAUUUAAUUGUAUUUCAAUAAAAACGA